UAGCGCCACGUCGUUGGGUGACGUCAUCACGCUGCUCUGGGCGACGGUUCGGCUGCCGAGGAGCUGCUUAGCAGGGCAUUAUUCAUCCGGUUAAUGUGGAGCAUUUCCCUGCCCGCUUCUUCGGGGUCGUGUUCCCGUCUGUAAGCGAGCUGCCUCUCGGUGUUCAGGGACCGCAGUGCAGAGCCUCUCUAGUGCGGGGAACGCGGUGCAGAGCCCCGGGCCUGCGGGAGGAAUAGGCCAUUGGAGCUGGAGACCAUGGAGUCGGAGACCAUGGACCCGGAGGACGGAGCGGUGUACCAGGACGACCCGGGGAACUCGGCCGUGAUGUCGGAGCGGGUCUCCGGCCUGGCCACCUCCAUCUACCGCGAGCUGGAGAGGCUGAUCGGGCGGUAUGACCGGGACGUGGUGAAGGAGCUGAUGCCGCUGGUCGUGGCCGUCCUGGAGAACCUGGACUCGGUGUUCGCCGAGAACCAGGAGCAGGAGGUGGAGCUGGAGCUGCUGAAGGAGGACAACGAGCAGCUGGUGACCCAGUACGAGAGGGAGAAGGGGAGGAGGAGAGCGGCCGAGGAGCGGUUCAUAGAGUUCGAGGACUCCCAGGAGCAGGAGAAGAAGGAGCUCCAGCUCCAGGUCGGCCGCAUGGAGUCUGCCUCCCGCCAGCUGGAGCUCAAGAUCAAGAACUACGCAGAGCAGAUUGGCAGGUUGGAGGAACGGGAGUCAGAGCUGAAGAAGGAAUUCAGCGCCCUACACCAGAGACACACGGAGAUGAUCCAUAACUACAUGGAGCACGUGGAGAGGAUCAAGAUUCAGCAGAUGAGUGACAGCACCGAGUUGGGACCGCUGGGCCGAGUCAGGAAGGAGCGGCCCAUGUCUCUCUGCAUCUUCCCCUCGGCGGGGGGGGCCUCGGGGGCCCCGACCGACCCUCCAGCUCUGGCAGAGACCCCCAGCACCGCGGGCUGGCCUCUCAAGGACCCUGCGCAGCCCCGCUCCAGCACCAGCCUCAAGCCCUGUGAUUUGGACGAGCCCUCAAAGUCCAGGCAGCUUGAGGGUUCGCAGGACGCUGCUUGGGGAAACUCAUUGGCAGACGACUGCAAGGAGGAGCUGUCCAACCUCAGCGGCUUCAAGCCAGCAGCCCCGAGGACCCCAGCGGCCCCAGGCACCGAGGGGGAGGAGCCGGGGGGCAGGAGGGCCGAGGGGGCAGGGGCAGGGGCAGGGGCCAUACCUGAGGGGGAGAAAGAAGAGACGUCGGACAUGCAGGACCUCAUUGAGUCGACCCCCGAGCUGGACAUGGACCUCAGCGGCUACAAAGCCUCCAGCACCCCGACCAAAGGGAUUGAGAACAUUGCUUUUGACCGCAACACAGAGUCACUGUUUGAGGAGCUGUCCUCCGCAGGCACCGGCAUCAUCGGAGACGUGGACGAAGGAGCAGACCUCCUGGUGGAGUAUUCCGACCUUAGUUUGCUUGGUAUGGGCCGCGAGGUGGAGAACCUCAUCCUGGAGAACACACAGCUUCUGGAAACCAAGAACGCGCUGAACGUGGUGAAGAACGACCUGAUAGCGCGGGUAGACGAGCUUGGCUGCGAGCGCGAGGUCCUGCAGGGGGAGCUAGAGGCCGUGCUGACGGCCCGCAGCCGCCUGGAGGACCGCAACCGGGAGCUGGAGGACGAGCUGAAGAAAGUGCGCCUGGAGACGGAGGAGAUCAGGCAGAAGUCUAAGGAUGGAGAGGAAGACAGCGAUGUUCCCACGGCCCAGAGGAAGCGCUUCACGCGGGUGGAGAUGGCCCGCGUGCUUAUGGAGAGGAACCAGUACAAGGAGAGACUGAUGGAGCUGCAGGAGGCCGUCAGGUGGACCGAGAUGAUCAGGGCCUCUAGGGAAAACCCAGCGCUGUCGGAGAAGAAGAAAUCCAGCAUCUGGCAGUUCUUCAGCAGGCUCUUCAGCUCCGCCCCCGCCCCCACCAGUGGCUCCGCCCUGAAGAAGGCGGAGCCUCAGCCCAACAUGAAGUACAAUGCCCCCGGUGGACUGGUGAAGAGGAGCAGCACCUUCUCCCAGUUCCCCACCGAGAAGUCUAAGACGCUGGACUUCCUGAACGAAGAGAUUGACCCGUGCAGCUCCCCGUCCCGUAAAGAGCAGAAGAGGGCCCAGUACCGGCAGGUCAAGGCCCACAUGCAGCGGGAGGAGAGAAGGGGGGAGGACGGCCGCGUCACCGCCCACGGCUGGAGCCUCCCGGGCAAGGCCAAGGUGUCUGAUGGGGGUCAGACGGAGAACAAGAUGAAUCUCCCAGUGCCCAUCUACCUGAGGCCUCUGGAUCAGAAGGAUGCUUCUAUGAAGCUGUGGUGCGCCGCGGGGGUCAACCUGUCGGGGGGCCCGACCCCCACCCUGGUGGAGGGGCCGACCGGCUCCCAGAGCAGCCUUGACCAGUUGGAGCACGACAAGGAGCAGGAGGGGGGGGAGCCCCAGGAGGAGGUGGGGGUAAGGAGCAGCAGGGUGUGGUUGUGUAUCAGCACCCACUCCUCCACCAAGGUGCUGGUGCUGGACGCCUCGCUGCCCUCGGAGCAGCUGGACAGCUUCUACGCCUGCAAUACCCACGUGCUCUGCAUCGCCAGCGUGCCCGGCGUUCUGGAGACGGACUUCUCUGCGGGCCAGGAGCCCUCCCUGGACCCCGAGGGGGGGGGGGACCAGGCCUCUCUGGCGGGCAGCGUGGGCUCAGCGGGCAGCGACGGGCCCCCGGCCCCCGAGGGCACCACCGCCGUGCCCCAGACUGCCAGCGCCCGCGUCUCCACUGGGGAGCGCCCCCCAGGGCACCCCGGGGCCCUUGGGCCCCCAGACACAGUGCCGCUGUCCAGGGAGGGCAGCCCCCUGGAGGAGGGGCCCCCCGCGGAGGACGAAGCCCCCCAGGAGGACGGGGGGGUCCCCACGGCGGAGGAGGCCACCGAGGCCACCGAGGCCAACGCGGGCGAGGAAGAGGGCCAGGAGGAGGGGGCCCCGGGGCCCGCCCAGAGCCAGACCUACACCGAGCACGUGUUCACCGACCCGCUGGGCGUGGGGCCCGCAGAGGGCCCCAGGGCCCGCACUGAGAGGGAGCCGGACGGAGCCACGCCCCAGUCUGAGGACCAAUCAGAGGGAGAGGUGCUGCGAAUGAGCAGUUCCCUGCCCACCAUGUGGCUGGGGGCCCAGAACGGAUGCCUCUACGUCCACUCGGCAGUGGCUCGCUGGAGGAAGUGUCUCCACGCCAUCAAGCUGAAGGACUCCAUCCUCAACAUCGUCCAUGUGAGAGGCAGGGUGCUGGUGGCGCUGGCUGAUGGGACGCUGGCCAUCUUCCACAGGGGGGCUGACGGGCAGUGGGACCUGACCAAUUACCACCUGCUGGACCUGGGCCGGCCGCACCACUCCAUCCGCUGCAUGGCCGUGGUGCAGGACAAGGUGUGGUGCGGCUACCGCAACAAGAUCUACGUCAUCCAGCCCAACGCCAUGAAGAUAGAGAAGGUUCUGGACGCCCACCCCCGUAAGGAGAGCCAGGUGCGGCAGCUGGCCUGGCUGGGCGACGGGGUCUGGGUCUCCAUCCGCCUGGACUCCACCCUGCGGCUCUUCCACGCCCUGACCCACCAGCACCUCCAGGACGUGGACAUAGAGCCCUACGUCAGCAAGAUGCUGGGGACCGGUAAGCUGGGCUUCUCCUUCGUGAGGAUCACGGCCCUCAUGGUCUCCUGCGGCCGGCUGUGGGUCGGCACUGGGAACGGGGUCAUCGUCUCCAUCCCCCUGUCGGAGGCCGGUCAGACAGCGGGCCUGGGGGCCCAGCGGCCUGGGGGGGCCCAGCGGCCCGGGGGGGCGGUGCGCAUGCUGGGGGAUGAGGGGGGGGAGGGCGGGCCGGCCGUCCCGUACUGCUCCAUGGCCCACGCCCAGCUCUGUUUCCACGGACACCGCGACGCCGUCAAGUUCUUCGUCUCCGUGCCCGGUACCGAUUCAUGUCUUCAUCUGUUCCGGUGGUCUACGUCUGUGUGUUCUGUGGGGGAUCUGUCUCCAGGCCAGGCCGUGCCCCCUCAGGGCGGGGCCGACUCGGGCUCUGACGACCCCCCCUCCGAGUCGUCAGAUGCCCCCGAGCCGCGAAGCUUCCUGGUGAUGAGCGGGGGGGAGGGCUACAUCGACUUCAGGAUGGGGGACGAGGGCAGCGAGCUGGACGGCCUGCUUGAACCAGCGGACGGACAGACGGCCAGCGCCCCCAAGACAGAGCGGAGCCACCUCAUCGUGUGGCAGGUCGCGGCCGGCCGGGACUGAGGGUCCGGGACUGAGGGUCCGGGACUGAGGGUCGUCACUGUGUCAGACCCUCCUCAUCUGCUCAUUCUGUUCCAUGGUUAUCCCAGAGUAGACCAGUACUUUUAUACAAACGUGCUUUCUACGGGUGGUGUUGUGUCAGGACCCCAGUCUGACGUCGGGGGGGAUCCGUCCAGGGGAUCCGUCAAGGGGGAUCAUGUUUUAAGCUUCUUGUUUACUGUCGUAUGCUACAGCAGCCAGUCGUCUGACAAAGAGAUCAAAUGAAGAUUCAGGUUUUCUCUUUCUUCUGAAAUGUUUCCUCAUCAUGGAUUAUUUUUAUGCAUUAGGGAAGUGUGUGUGUCCUACAGUUUGAAACUAAUCUAAAUCCUGGGGUUGAGGAUCGGGUUGCUCCAGAAUGAUCUGGCAUGAUCCAAAAAAGGAAGCGGAUUAAAGGAACCGUUUGUCGAACCGCUGGAAUGCAUGAGGAACCUUCUGAAACCCAUCUCCGUCCAACCCCCCUGCUCGUUCUGACACUCACUCCCCUCACUCCCACCCCUCCCUCCCUCUCCCUCUCCUCCUCUCCUCCCCUCCCUCCUCCUCCUCUCCCCUCCUCUCCUCCUCCCUCCCCCCUAGUCAGUCUUCCGUUCUGCUCGCCGUCUGCACUUUAACUGUAGCUGUAGUGGCCUGAGGCUCAGAGUCCUGUGCUAUUAGAAACCUGUACUAACGAGUGAUACUGAGGAAUACUGUGUGAGGAAACAGACCUCAGAUUUGUUUAAGAGUCAACCGCCCACUGGCGACAGGACAAAAGGAGAAGGAGGAAUUGUCAGUAGAAGAUCCUUUUGGCUUUACAUUUUCUAAAUCUUGUUUAUGACGAUUUGAAGGAUGCUUAUUUUUGUCGUCAACAUGGAAGAUUAGCAGGGAACUUUAUUUCCAUUUUUUGUGUCUGGCACUUUUAAAUAGUUUCAAUGUUAAUGUUGGAGAAAGAGUCUCUCCUUUUACUGAAUCCUGCUUCUAUUCUUUGAUUGCCUUUUUCUCCCGUUUGCCAUUUAAUGCGUCUGUCCUGUCUGGGGGGCUUUAAUGUCCUCAGUAUUUCAGCAGUGUCUGUAGUUACUUUAGCAGGACCACCUACUUUGAGUUCGCCGUUUUGUUUGCCAUUUCAUUCCAAUUUUUAAUGACACAAAUAUCAUGUUGCCAUUCCAGUAUUUAUUUUUGGUAUUUUUGGUUUGUUUAUUGAGCCUAUUGCUGGUUCAGAAUGUAACUUUCUACAUUAAGACUCUAAAAGUUGGUUAUGGUUUGUUCCAAAAAGGUUUACAUGAUUGUAAAUAAUGGUUAAAAACGAAUUUUAAGCAAACCAUAAAUUCAUACGAAACGUUUAUUUGGACGAUUUCUUUUUCUAACGAAACAUUCAUUGUAUAAAGCUAUGCAUGUUUUUUAAGAGACCAUCGCUUACUCUCACCUGCACUUUCCGCCGCUCUCCUGGGGGGCGCUGCGGAGUGCCGCAAUACCGCCCUUCUCCUGGGGGGCGCUAUGGAGCAGUACCACUGCUCUCCCGGAGGGCGACGCAGAGUGGUGCAGUACCGCCGCUCUCCUUGGGGGCGCUGCGGCGCGGUUUGUGUAGGUGGGAGCUGACACACUCGCCCUGUAGUGCAUCAGACGUGCGGUAUGUGCGUCGUGUGCUUGAUGUGUGUUUCUGUACAGCACAAAGAACACGUUUUGUGUAGGGACUCCAUUUCAACACGUGUGGUGUUAAAGGGUUAAACAGCGUCAUAGUCUUAUUUUUAACAAUGUAUUAAAACUCUUAUCUCAUGGAAA